UUUCUUUUUUAUUUAUCAUUCACAUUAAUAUAAUUUCUGUGAUAAUUAAAUAGCACAUUUAUUAUAAGAGUCUCACGGGACCGGAUGUAUGUAUAUGUCCACCGAGGGAUUGUGGGAAGUCAGAGCGUCAUCGUCCGUCCUUGUGCGUGUCUUUACCUCGCAGCUGAAGAUAACAGAAGUUUGACAAAAUGUAUCGACAACUUAUGUGUUUGUACCACCAGGGACUUCAGCAGCUUUCCAGGCGGACCUUUGCCAGCAGUGCCCGCAGACAGAUUGAAAACACUGUGAAGGAAAAACAAAAACUGUUUCAGGAGGAUAACGGUCUACCUAUCCAUCUGAAGGGUGGCUCGAAGGACGCUCUGCUCUACAGAGCCACGAUCACUCUCACUGUGUUUGGAGCUGCAUAUGUAGUGUAUGAGCUGUUUAGUGCGGCAAUGCCCAAGAAGACAUAGAGAAAGAGGAUCAGACUUAUUUAUCUGAUGGAACAAUCAUCACAUGUAAUUCAUCAACUCUGUGCUCCGUAAUCUGGGAAUCCAAUCGAUUAAAGUAUGUUUCAUGUUUGAAAUAUUUAAUGAUUGUAUAAAUAAUGAGCUGCAAAUAAUAAUAAAAAAUA